UAAUUUGCGACUGGUGCAUUAGGCUAGCAAGCUAUACUGGGGUUGUAAACACUGAAACGAAAAUCUGCAACGAAUUCUUAUGAAUUUACCUUUGAAUCAACUUUGAGUCAAUAUUUCCUUAUUAAGUACAUUCUGCGGAGGGAUUCAUACAUGUAUUAGGAGAUGAAAAAUCUCAUCUUCAUUACACUUCACAUCAGCCCCGACAUCAAUCUCGGAGUCUGAAGAGGUCAAGGGACGAAUGCAGAGAAUAAGAGAGAUCAUAUCAGACUAGUCAUGUUAGAUGUAGAGGUUGUACCUGGUCGUUCCCUUGGCAGUGAACAAUGGGAGUUUGUCCUGGGAAUGACAUUUACCCAAGCAGUAAAUAUUCUUCGGAGACAAUACAGGAUCAUUAAGGAUGUCCAGGUCAUUUAUUGUGAAUCGGUCCCACUUACAUUAGAUCUGGUGCUGAAUUUGACACAGGAUGGAAUCAAAUUAAUAUUUGAUUCUUACAAUCAAAGGCUAAAGAUCAUUGAGAUAUACGAUCUGCACAAAAUCAAGCUCAAGUACUGUGGGAAGCACUUCAACUCACCGCUUGUCUUGCCGACUAUCGAGCAGAUCGAUGGAUCCUUUGGUGCCACUAAGCCCGCUGUCUAUGAUGCAGCUCAGCAGCUUUUUACCAUCAACUUCAGGGGUCUAUCCUUUCUAUUCCCCAUCCCAGCUGAUGCCAAGUUUGAGCAACCUAGUGUACAUGGCCUAGGGUCUAUUCCACUCCCCAGCAAGACAUCGGUUCAAGUCAGUCGUAUCUACAUCUAUGGUGGUAGCAACCCUCAGGAGUCGAAAGCUCCACCCAUUCCAAGCAGUUGUUUCUGCGGCAACGUGUUCUGUGAGAAUGUGGAGACCCUCGAGCAAGAUGGUGUCCCUCAGGGAUUGAAAUUUCACCUUUUAGUAGAUGCGUCUGGCCAGAGCAGAUCACCGGAUGCAAAGAGGCUUGCGGUGGUGAGGACAGUGACGUUUGGAGACUCCUGUCAGGAUGUGAUGAGUAGUCUAGGGGCACCCAACAAGAUCUUCUUUAAAUCAGAAGAUAAGAUGAGGAUCCACUCUAGAUCAUUUCACAAGGAUCAACCCAGGACAUCAGACUACUUCUAUAACUAUUUCACAAUCGGAGUUGACAUCUUAUUUGAUGCUUCUACUCAUUGUGUUAAGAAGUUCAUCUUACAUGCAAACUAUCCUGGUCAUUACAAUUUCAAUAUCUACCAUCGAUGUAAUUUUGAGAUUCUCCUCCCCCAUACAAGGUUCAACAGGGAAGAUGAGAACAAUGAGAGCCCUCUAUCUAUCACAACAUUUACCAAGUGGGACACAUUGAAUCACAGACUGAUACGUUCAUCACAAAAGCCAGUAGUUCUGAACAGAGCCUCGGCCAUGAACACAACUAAUCCAUUUGGGUCCACAUUCUGUUAUGGAGUACUAAACCUUAUAUUUGAGGUGAUGCCCAAUAAUCAUCUAGCGUCUGUUACCAUGUAUGACCCAACAGUAGCUUCUAUGGAGACGUUGGACUGAGGAAGACAUUGUCCUGGACUAUCCAGACCUGGUCUAGCCAAAACAAGGACUCGCUCUAACCAAUGAUGUAUGGAGGCUACAUUAAGCCAUCUUGGUCCUAUAUUAGGCAUCUCAAUAGUCGAUGUCAGGGUUAAAUGAAAAAGUGAUAGAGUUGUUUCUCAUUGGACUGCUGGCUUAUAACUGAGACCACUGGAUUGUACUGAAGCUAUGGUCUUAAACCCCCCAAUAGAGCAGUGGACUCGUAUCUUUGUUUAAAAGCACUUUUUCAAUUAGGGUAUGUCUAUAUUUACAACAGAUUUGCUCAUUAAUUCUGAUGCCUUUCAUUGACUAAUAAUUAUUGGUCAUUUAUUUUUAAGUAUUCCCCUGCC